UCAUGCUCACAGUUGAUCAGUUUAUCGGUUUAUCAGUGACCCAGAAAUUAGCCUCAUUUGUGCCUCAUCAGCCUCAUCGUCCUCCUCACUGCUCUACACAUCAUCCUCAUCCUCAUCCUCAUCACUGCUCCACACAUCCACUGCACGGGUCUGGCGACACCUUCUUCUGCUCACCAUUAUAUUUCAGGCUUGAUUAUUUCCACGCCCAUUAACUGUCCUGAACUCAGCAUGCUGAGUUGACAUAAGAGCUUCGGGCUCUGUUCGUUACAGGUCAUCUAUCGUGGUCAGCUUUUCUUUCUUUCCCCCCUUCAUGUACAACUAUUUUGAAAGUUGAAACGCAUUAUUAAAGGCCCGCUGGUGUCUUUUACGUCAUCGAAGUGCGACUUUUACGUGCGGGGAGUCAGGGAGGUAAAGUUGAGUUUCCAAGUGUGUAUCCUGCGAUAUAAUGUUCCUGCUUAGACCUGAGUGACACUUUAAUCACACACAGUGUGUGCACGUCGUCUCGGACACCUUUGCAUCAGCUGCAGCUCGCGCCGGCCGGCGACAUGUCGCGCAGGUGGGCGGGCGGCCACGCGGCCUCCGUGCUGUGCGUGGCCUCCGCUGGGGGCGAGGACGGCCUGCUGGCGUCCGGAGCAGAGGGGGGCGAGGUGACGGUGUGGACCCCGGACGGGCUGCCCCUCGCGCAGCUGCGCUUGGCCGCGCGGGAGGACGUCACGUGCACGGCGUUCUCCCCGACGGCCCCCGGGCUCCUGUACGCGGCUCACGGGGAGACGGUCAGCGUGCUGGACGCCCGCCGCCUGAAGGGUGCGCUGGAGGAGCUGCGAGGCGUCGGAGAAGACGAGAUCAACGCGGUGUCGGUGAAUGAGACGGGUACCCUGCUGGCCACGGCCGACGACUCCGGGGCCGUUAGGGUGGUGGACCUGCAGGCGGGCAGAGUGAGCCGCACCCUGCGCAAGCACGCCAACAUCUGCUCGUCUGUGGCCUUCCGGCCGCAGAGGCCGCAGAGCCUCGUGUCUGCGGGACUGGACAUGCAGGUGAUGCUGUGGAACCUGCAGAAAGCUCGGCCGGUGUGGACCUACAGCCUGCAGCAGGCAGCCGAGGAAGACGGCGAGCCGCAGCAGAGGGCGGGCCAGCUCUUCAACCCCCCGCUGGCCCACUGCGUCAGCGUGGCGUCCUGUGGAAACGUGCUCGCUUGCGCUGCCGAGGACGGCCACGUGCACCUGGCGCGGGUGGGCGCGGGCUCCCGGCACGAGCAUCAGGGGGCGAUAAAGGCUCACAGCCAGGGUGCCGCGCAGGCCCACUUUCUCAGCUUCCUCCCCCACCCUUACUGGCUGGCCACGGGAGGCAACGACUGCGCCGUGGCGCUGUGGGAUCUGGGAGAAGAGCCCCUAGUGGCCGCAGAGGGGAAGGGCAGGGGCAAGCUGAAGGCCCCCCACAGGAAGAACAAAGCCAAAGCCAAAGCCAAGUGUCAGGCUGCCAGAGACGCUGAGGCUGAAGAGGAAAAGCGGCGUGAGGGUGAGCUUUCCGAGGAGGCCAGCGGUGCUAAUCCAGGAGCGUGGCGCGCAACAGCUGAACCCAAGAUAAAGUUUAGCCACGAGGACAAGGUGAACUGGGUGUGUCCAGCCCUCCUCAGGGGCCAGCCGAGUCUGCUCGUGGCAGACCAGAGCCCCAUCUUAACCGCCUACUCUCUGGCGGGACUGUAGCCUGUCAUAAUCCAGCCAGAAUCCUGGAAACCUCCAUUAUAACUUUGUUAUUUAUUUCUCUUCUGGGUGAACUGAGGGCAACUAUUUAUACAUGACUGCAAAAGAAUGAACUGGCCUUAAGACAUGAUUCUCUUUGCUUUUUUUGGUGUGUGUAGAUGGGUUUUGGGUGUCCUUUUUUGCCAGUGAAUGUUUCUGGUUGACUGCAGUCAGGCUUCAUGAUAAUAUACUCAGUAUAAAUAAAUAUUCUUAUCAAGUUUUCAGAAUUGGUUUUAAGAAUUGGGGUGUGUGUGUGUGUGUGCACACGCAUGCAAAAAAUAAAACAUGAAAACAUGCAGAA